GUUCUCUCUGUGCACAGACGGAGCUCUAACGCCACACUCCACAAGUCUCAUUUAGAUGAAUUCAAGCUCAACUGGACUCAACUGAUGCAAAAACACCAGACCAGUUGGAUUAUGGGCCGUUGACCUGUCACUGAUGGGAUCUUAUCAGCGGUUGUUGCCUCGUAUUCCUUAAAGCCUCCAUGGAGCUCAUCCAGGCCACCCCGGAAGCCCCUACAGCUACCUGGAGCAACAACACCAAUCCCCCUUACUCCUACCCCUUUUUCCUGCUCCUCUCCACUCCGUCUGAAGCGCUCCUCGGCUUCACCCCGAGUGAUGGCUUUAACAACACCUGCCAGAACUGCAUCAAACCAGGACCCGGAUCCCUCCCCGGUUUGGCUGGAAUCUUCAUCCCUCUCAUCUACGGGAUAGUGUGUGUUGUUGGCCUCGUGGGCAACACUCUGGUCAUUCACGUUAUUGUCAACUACACCAAGAACGAAUCGGUCACCAACAUCUACAUCCUCAACUUGGCCAUUGCGGACGAGCUCUUCAUGCUGGGCCUGCCAUUCCUGGCGGCGCAGAACGCUCUGCUCUCUUGGCCCUUUGGCUCUCUAAUGUGCCGCGUGGUCAUGACAGUGGACGCCAUCAACCAGUUCACCAGCAUCUUCUGCCUGACCGUGAUGUCGGUGGACCGCUACCUGGCUGUGGUGCACCCCAUCCGCUCCUUCUGGUGGCGGCGCCCCCGCGUGGCCAAGGCCAUCAGUGCCACGGUGUGGGCGGGGUCCUUUGUGGUGGUGCUGCCGGUGGUGGUGUUUGCCGACGUGCUGAAGGACGAUGGGAACUGCAGUAUCGUGUGGCCUGAGCCGGCAGAAGUGUGGAAGACGUCUUUCAUCGUGUACACGUGCACCGUGGGCUUCUUUUGCCCCCUGCUGGUCAUCUGCUUGUGCUACCUGCUGAUCGUCAUCAAGGUGCGCACCGUCGGAAAACGAGCGCAGGCCACGUCCUCUCGGCGCAGGAAAUCGGAGCGUAAGAUCACCAGGAUGGUGGUGGUCGUGGUGGCAGUGUUUGUCCUUUGCUGGCUACCCUUCUAUGUUCUGAAUAUCGUCAACCUCCUGGUGGUCCUGCCUGGGGACUUCAGGGGGCUCUACUUUUUUGUCGUCGUGCUGUCAUAUGCGAACAGCUGCGCCAACCCCAUACUGUACGGCUUUCUGUCCGACAACUUCAAGAGAGGCUUCAGGAAGGCCCUGUGCGGCACUUCGCGCAGGGUGAAGAACAACGACAGGGCCGGCACCGAGGUGCAGCGACCGACGGAGGAGUGGGGUGGCGUUGUGUUGCAAGCGCAGAAAAGUGAAGGCGUCGUCGACGUGCGUAGGAAAGACCGUGGAAAAGAAGAAGAGGAGGAAAUCAACGGAACAGGAGGGGCCGUGCAGAUGAGGGAAAUAUGCAAAAUGUCACAAAAUGGAAACCACAGUGGUGUAACGGAGGGCUCAAGGACACAGGUCGUGAGAGGUAAACCUGAGCCGGAGCACUCUAGUCAGAGUGCCAAACAUGAGAGAGGCCCAGGCUCUGAUCCCGCUGAGGUAGCGCCCUCUAUGGACAGUAAAAGUAGAAACAGCAAAUCACAACCUGAAGAAUGCCUGGACAAAGUGCUUGAGAUCAGCUAUCUGUAACAGACAUGAUUGUAGUGGAUUUUGGUACAUGCUAUUUAAAGCAUUUGAAUAUUCACAGAUCAUGUGGAGUGACUAUUUUACAUCAUGCACGUCUAAACGUUGGGGUCAGAUUUCUUUUUUUUUUGUUGCAUUAUGUCAUAGUCUGCAAAUAUCAAUGCAGCUGUUUUUGCCACCGUGUGAGAAUGUAAAAUAAUCUAACUCGGCCAUAUUGGCUUGAAACGCUGGCUGCGAGGAUUGUGAAGUACAGUAUGCAGUUAUCGUGGCAAGUAUAGUCUGAGACAUGCAGAAAUACUUUUAUGGUCAAGAUCGACAGCUCAGUUUUGAGAUUUAGAUUUGUUCUGUUGUCACUCCUGAUGUUGAGUGUAAAACAGUCAAUUGGUGUAGUCCCCUUUAAAACUGACAAAAGCCAAGUUACACCAAGAAGGUCAAUGAUUGAUGCAACCCUGUACUGUAUAUUCAGGUGGUGAGGGCUUCAGGUACGUGAUCUACUGAAUCAAAGACCAUAUUUUUUUAUAUAUAUGUAUUUAUUGAUGUCAUGUUGAAAAGGUAUGUCACUUGUUUAGGUAUGAAACAUGUCAACUAUUUACUGUUUACUUUUACUGAAACAGUCCACAAAGCUAGAUUGUAUUUGUAUAAUGUGUUUGUAAAAAACACAUUUCAAUGUCUGUUGUUUAGUGCUUUUGUUGAGCUUUCGUGUAACAGCCUGAGCAUGCACACUGUACACACCUGGAGCUGGACACAGGUGCAUCUCAGUCACUGUAAAGCAGAAACCUUUUUACCUAAUAAUAGGAAAAAAUAAUAAUUUCUGUUUUACUUUUAUGGUCCUUUAAUAACGCUUUAGCCACCGCAGUCAUCGCCUCUAUUUCAAUCCCGCCAUAGGCGAGGGGCUUUUUGUGUUUCGUUAGGAUGUGCGCCACUUUAAACGAAGCCUCUGUCACUGCGUUGGCCUUCUUCUCAGUUUGAUGAACAAAGACUGUCGCCUUUUUAAGCGUUGUUUUCAGCUCUUUUACCUUCUCUGUUCGUAGACUACUACCAGCCGGAAAGCUCCGUGAAAAGUCGCCGUGGACUUUGAUGAAGUGGCGCUCGACGUUACAUCUUUUACCGACUGACACGCUCGCACCUCAAAUGAGACAUACACAUUUGUCAUUCACCUUCGUGAAAAAAAACUGUUACCCUUUCCUCAUGAGCAUAUUUUUUUGUCCUUUUCUGCGGUCAUUGUCAAAUCUGGUGUGCGAUGCUAGUCUGUUAACAUCGCCUAAUGUUACAGCGUCACUGAUGUAACCAAAUUUGAAGGCAGUGUAAAUCUUUUAAUUGACAGCUGAUUAGUAAAGAAAUAAUUUUGUGUCCAAAGGAGGCGGGAUGUCCGUGAAUUUGAUUCGGUAGAAAUUUAAACAGGUUUACAAAGUGACUUUUUGUUAUCAAAUGUAUGUACAUAUUCUUUGAACCUUUAGCGAGCUACUGGUAGCUCACAAGCUACUUGUUGGAGACCUCCGCUGUAAAGAUUAACUGACAACAACUUGCUUUAGCUCACUACCCGAGAUGUGCAACACAUAUAAGAAUAGGUUUCAAGAAGAAGCAGGUUUGAACUCUGUUUUAUUUGUUACUGCAACUUUAGGUGAGAUAUGAUUUGGCAUCAAAUCUGAAAGAUGCUAGUGGGGAAACUUUGGAAAACGGACGAUCACGUUUGUAUUUAUUUAUUUAUUAAAUCCCCUUAUAUUAUGAAGGAAAUGUGUAGAGGACAGGCCCACUUCUUUUUCUAGAUAAUAGACAAAAUAUAUCCCUGACAGGUAGAAAAAACUUCUAACUUUUGUCAUGAAUGAUGGACAUUCAUGUUAAGUGUCAUUUCAUAGCAAAGAUCUUUCUUUAUUGAAGGAUUCCCUGCUUAAUGCUUGUAGUUACUACGCCGAUACGGUCAAUGUAAAGAAAAUCAAUGGUUUAUGAUGGCUGAAAUAGUAGGGGUGUGUUUUGUGGUGUAUUGUGAACUCUAUAUUUUAUGUCUUAUUUAGAACAAAUCCCAGGUCAGCAGGUUAUAUUCAGUCCAAUUUGCCAAAGUAUUGCUUUUGUUUUCUAUGAUCACAGUGUUUUGCAGUGAGAUGUUGUAUUAACGGCAGUGUUGUCAGAGCUUUGGUAAAGCCUUUGGUAAGCCAAGUGUAAUGUGGUGGGAGUGGGCUAAAUAAAUGUUUACAGAUGAUAUUCCA